AUCUACCUUAAUGCUCUCUCUCUCUCUCUACUUCUGUGUCUCAAAUGAUUUCCUUUUCUCGCAUUCUCAAUUCAUUAGCGGACACUCAUGCACACAAAGCAAUACAUACACAUAUACAGAAGAUACUGUAUGUAUGCGCUUUCAAAUAAUCAUAGUCUGAGAAGCUAGGUCUGUUUUCUGUUUUGUAUCUUUUGUAUACGCGCACUGCAAUCGAAGGUCAUUCAACUUCUGAGUUUUCACUGCAGUAUUUUGUUGCUCGGGGCUGUGUUAUUUUCUGAAAAUGGUGACAUUGCUCAUUUCCGUUUGAUGAAGUGAUAGAUAUUAUGCUACCACCACAUGGUUUCAAGCGAUUUACUGAACACAACUCCAUGAUUUGUUGUCCUACUGUAGAAAUUGGAUCCAUGAGUGAUUGUUUUGUGCCGCCGGUAGUUUGGUUGAAAUCUGUUUUUCCCUCCUAGUGGCCAAAAAAAUUGGGAAUUCGGGUUUAUCAGGAUUUUAUAGUUUGGUCUUGGCAGUGAUAUUUUCUUUCUGAGUGAGGCAUGGCUAAUGUUGGUCAGCCGCUGCAGCAAAAACCCGAGAGCAUGGAGAACGACAGCCGUUCCGAGUUCGAGAGGGACCUGGAGGAGCUGAUGCUCAGUAAUUACGAUGAGUACAUGUCGUUUGCUUCGUGCAGCUCGCCCAGAAAGGCCACCACUGAGGAUGAUGAAAACGUGGGCGAGCAGCUUGUGAGGAGAAGGCGGAGGUCCGAUCUCGAAGGCGAUGACCUGGCGGAGUCCUCUGCUGCCCGGAGGCGCCACUCGUGGAUCCUCAGCCGAUGGGCUGCCCGCCAGGCCCAGGAGAUGAUCACCACCAUCGAAAGGAGGAACCGCGAGUCGGAGCUGAUGGCGCUUGCUGGGCUCCACACGGUCUCCAUGCUCGACUCCUCCUUCCUUAGGGAGUCCCAGUCCCCGACCUCGAGGCGCCAGGGGGACGUUGAGAGGCUCAGCUCACGGGCCUCUUCUAUCCUUCAGAUGUGGCGAGAGCUGGAGGACGAGCACGCCAUAAGCCGUGCUCGAGGGAGAGUGAGGGAUUCUAACACGAAUGCGUCUGAAGAGAAUCAUGGGAGUCUGGGCAACUCCAGCGAGUAUGCCACACCUAACGAUCAGGUGGGCCCACAGGACAGGGACAGGGUCCAUGAGAGCUCUAGUCGCGAGCAGUCUCCCGAUCUUGGGGAAGUCGAGAGGGAGAGGGUGAGGCAGAUCGUCCGCGGGUGGAUGGAGAGUGGUAUUAGCGAUAACGUGAUACAGAGGAAUGAGAGUCCUAGAGCUGAAUGGCUCGGGGAGACUGAGCGUGAGAGGGUGAGGAUUGUGAGGGAGUGGAUGCAGAUGACCAGCCAGCAAAGAGGUGGUCGGAGGGGGGAACGUGAUAGUGAGCCUGGCGGUGAUGGUGAUGGUGCUCGCGAAGGGUCUGCUGCGGAACAAGAUGAAGGCCAGCCGGAGCAUGUGCGGCGGGACAUGUUGAGGUUGAGGGGGCGGCAAGCGCUGCUUGAUUUGCUCGUGAGGAUUGAAAGGGAGAGACAACGGGAACUUGAUGGCUUGCUGGAACAUAGAGCUGUUUCUGAUUUUGCUCACCGCAAUCGUAUUCAGUCCCUACUUAGAGGCCGUUUUUUAAGAAAUGAGAGGCCUGCUGAGGAAGAGAGACCACCUUCCGUGGCAGCUAGUGAGUUAAACCAGUUAAGACAGCGACAUACAGUCUCUGGCCUGAGGGAAGGGUUCCGCUUUAGAUUGGAAAACAUUGUUCGUGGUCAAGUAAGCAGCCAUCCUGUUACCUCUUCUAAUGUUGGAAACUAUGAUUCCAGAAAUGAUCAGAGAAGCAUGAAUGUUUUACAUGAGAUGCAACAUGGAAAUCAGGAUAUUGAUGAUCGGUUGCCGGAUCGCAUGGAGAAUAUGGAUAGAUCUACUCAAAAUACAGAUCUAAAUGUUGGUCCUAAUGUAGGUAUCCAGUGGCAGGAACGGGUUUCUGAAGAUGAGAGAGUGACACUACAACAAUCCGCAGAAAGUUAUCCUAAUCGUUGGAUACAUGACACUUCAGCUGGUGCAGCACAGAAUAGGCCCGAAAACGCAAUGACUGACUGGCCCUCGGCAGUGGUAGCUGAAGAUGGACAUCAACAUCGUUUAGAACUAACCCAUGAGGUUUGGAAUGCAAAUGGUUCACGUGAAGCUGUUGAUAAUUGGUCAGGAGGACCUUCAGACACUUCAAGAACGAGGCGACCUCUUUCUAUCAGGAGAGUCGCCAGGUUUCACCCCCCUGAAGAUGAUAAUGUAUACAGCAUGGAACUCAGGGAGCUAUUGAGCAGAAGGAGUGUUUCAAAUUUACUUCGGAGUGGUUUCCGAGAGAGCCUGGAUCAGUUAAUUCAAUCAUAUGUGGAAAGGCGAGGGAGGGCUUCUAUUGAUUGGGAUCUCCACCGGAAUUUGCCCCAUCCUUCAUCACCUGAAAGAAAUCAGGACACACAAAGUGAUGAGCAGAUUGAGCAUCAGCAUGACACUACUGGUAGGCCGUCACUGGUGUUACCCACUCCUCCAGUACCACCACCACAGCCCCUGUGGCAUCAAGAUUUGAACCACUCUGGCUGGUCUCGUCACAGUGUCCAUCGUUCGGAAGUCGAGUGGGAGAUGAUGAAUGAUUUGAGGGCCGAUGUUGCCAAGCUGCAGCAAGGUAUGAAUCACAUGCAGAGGAUGUUAGAGGCUUGCAUGGACAUGCAGCUUGAACUUCAGCGCUCGGUUAGGCAGGAAGUUUCAGCUGCUCUUACCUCUGGUGGACAAGGCGUUAUUGCUGAGACAUCGGCGGACGGGUCUAAAUGGGGCCAUGUAAGAAAGGGAACAUGUUGUGUUUGUUGUGAUAAUCAAAUCGAUGCCUUACUGUACAGAUGUGGGCACAUGUGUACAUGCUCUAAAUGUGCGAAUGAGGUGGUUCGUGGAAGUGGAAAGUGUCCCUUGUGCCGCGCACCCAUUGUUGAGGUGAUUAGAGCAUAUUCCAUACUCUAAAUAUUUAAUGGAAAAAAAAAGUAAGCUGUUUGGAAGAUUGGAGUUGCUAUUGGUGGAGUAAAAGGUGAUCUCCCUCUCUUACGAUUGGUAGAGUAUUCAGUCUAUUGC